CCAAACAUAUACUUCUUGUCGUUCGAAACUCGCUCGACUCGAUCGACUCGCCAUGGCGAUGGAUCCACCUCCUCCGCCCGCGAAGAAGAGGCGGCCAAUGGUGCCGGUCUUCGCCAAUGGAUCGAAUGGAUCCACUAGCGGCGUGACGCCAUCCAGGUCCGAUGAGGAGGAGAGCAAGGCGACGCUCCAAACAGGUUCGCCUGCACCUGUCGCAACCAACGGCCGGACCAAUGGUGCUGUCGCUGCAGCUGUGCCUUCGACCGAGGCUCGCAAGAAGCCAGAGCUGGCUGCUGGCGCUGCAGGGCACAGCGAGGACUUGCCAACAAAGGUGGGUCAAGCUGAGCCCGACCAGCGCCCGCACGCGCCGGUCGCAGCUCAACAGGAAGCUCCACCGGCGCACCAGUCGCCUGCAGCUACGCCGCCUGUCACUGGAGUUGAGCGUCAGGCUCAGCGGAAGGUGUCCAGACCUGCCACUGAGCAGCUGCCUCCAGCUGCAGUCUACGGCUUUGAUGGAGGGAUGAAAGCCGAAAGUCGCGGCAAGGCCAUAGCACUUCGACUGGAGCCCUUGAAGUCGGGGCUGCCGGAGUAUGAGAAGGUCCUUGGGGAACAAAAGCAGACCGUCUCAAUCGGGUGCAAUCGGGGCAAGGUUGACGUGGCGGUGCGGGAUGAAGCCGUCAGCAAGAAGCAUGUCUCCUUGUCCAUCGUAGGCAUCCAUGGGGAACUUGCACUGUCUGUAAUGGACCACUCCACCAAUGGCAGCUUUCUAAAUGGACAUCGGCUCCCGGAAAAGAACAAGCGCUACCGGAUCCGCAACGGGGACAAGCUCACGCUCAAGGCGCCGGACAUUGAAGAAGACUAUGGCUGGAAAGCCUCACGGUUUUGGAAGAUGGUGGCUUCCCACCCACAAACAGACAAGCAAAGAUAGCAAAGCGAGUACCAUGCGAUUACCAUUGAAUGUGUUUUUCGAACAACUUUAGGGCAUGUUCCAGAAGAGAGUGAUGCCAGCUGAACAUGGCUUGGGAAGAUGGUUUUGGCAUCGGCCACUUUGACCAAUAGCAUUGCUUCCCAGCCUUUGUUCUACAUUGAAGUACCUUCCUUGCGCAGGGCCAAGAGGGAUGAAGCACGAUGAAUAGUCGCCUGAACCUGCUGUGGGUCAGCGCUACAUCGUAUUGAUUGGAAUAGGUCGGUAUGUACUGGAUCUCCUCCACAAAAGCGGAAGGGUUGGGAAAGCACUAUGCAAGAGAAUUUACAUGCGAAGAAACCAUCGAAAACCCCCGAGGGAAAAAGACAGUCGAAUGAUAACAGUUCAGCACAUCGAAGUGGCUAAGGUUGACUUUGGCAAUACUGUGGCAUACUUCACCAGAGCCUGAGUCAAACACAGCCUCACAGACUUGCCGAGACAUCGGGAAAGCGCCAUGAAAUUGGGGGAGACCAAACUAGCCAAGACCAUCACUCAGGCAAUGUUGUUUGCGUUCUCCCGGUAUUCUUUCUGCGAAAUUGUGUCUUUGAUUCUUGAAAUGAAGAAAAGCGGUAGUUCAGCGUAAGUGGCCGUUACUGGUGUCGAAGAAGACAAUCUUUGAUUCUUUGAUGGAUGUUCAUUGUCAUUGAAUAAUAUUGUACAGGAUUCCCGCAUGUUUUCGGUUGGCUGUUGGCUGACCCAUCAGCUCCGGACCCUUUGAACGAAAAUAGGAAUUCCUUUAUUGGAAUCUCAACAAG